GAAGAAGCAAAAGCAUGAUCUGUUGAGCCUGCUAUGGAGUUCGGAUUAUCGACUGCAAACAUUGACGAGAUCAGAAGCGAGCAGUCUCGCAGACACGCGCGCAAAGGCCUACGAGCUAAUUAAACAGACCUACUUCACAGAAAGAGAAACUACUAAAUCGAGAGCUGCGAAGAAAUCAAAAGGUGACCCAAAAACUGAAGAUCCUGUCAAGAAAU